AUGAACAACGACGCUCUGAACUAUCAAGUGCCAGAAAUCUCUACUGUAAAGUGUUCCUCUUAUUUUAAAUCUACACCGCUAGGCAAAUGGAGUGUUCAUGGUUACGCUCAACACGCACAACUUAAAAACUCUUCUGUGAGAAAGUUUGGAAAAUCCUCAGAGCAAUUUCGCAACGAAAUUGAGAAUAUCAAAAAGAGUGAAGAAACGCCUUCUGAUGUUAAGCGCGUACUAAAUUCAAUUUUACCAAAAAAACAACUACUCUCAAUGUGCCCAUCAAAUGAAAAUUCAGAAUUAAGUACCGUUACACAAGUCAGAAAACCAACAACAUCAGACAAAGGAAAAGAGAGAGCUGAAAGUAUGUUCAAUUCAGCCACACAAAAUGAAGCCAUGAGUUCAAAUAGAUCAGAAAAUACAGCUGUACAAAGUAAAAUAUCAGUGCUAAAUAAAGGGAAAAGAAAAGCCAAUGAGAUUGAAGAAAACAGUGAACUACAGAUUUCUGUACCGCCUGACGAUUCUGAUGCCUUAGAUAGCCUCUUUAAAAACCCUCUUUCAACGCCUGUUGCAUCGUUGCCUCCUUUUGAAUUUCGAAGAUUAGUAUAUAUUUAUGGAUCCAAAGCUUUGUCUAAAACAUUUUACAUGGAGGAUGCUUUUGCCCUAGAAAAUCUUAUUAGAGAAUUUAGCCCAACAACACUAGGCGAACAGCUAGAUGGCAUGUCAGCCAAGCUGGCAAUGACAAUCGAUCUAAGCAACAUCAUACAAGUGAAUGCUUUGAAGCUUUCGUUGUUGUCAGAAACAAGACAGACCGAAGAAUACUUUAUAGGCAAGAUGAGCUUAUCAAUUGGCUAG